GAUGUAAGUGACCAUGUCUUUGAGUUAUACUCGAAAAAUAUGGAGAAACGACAAAAUAACUUGGGGUUUGUAUCAAGUAAUGAAAAGGAUUUGAAGGAUGAAAUAUUGCAAAAAAUGGAGUUUAGUUUUGAGAUUAAACAGUCGUUGACGAACUUGUCAUCAAACACAGACUCAAGCACAACAGGAUAUGUUAUGUGGCAAUUGACUCCAUUUUUCCUCAAGUGGUUAUUGUAUUCCAAGCACCCAUUCCACGAUUUGAUAUUUGAACAUUACCAUGAGUAUCGAAGGAACAAUAAGAAAGAGUUAGUUAUAGUUGAGUUGGGAUCUGGUAUCAGUGGGAUCUCGGCAACAAUAUUGCUGAAUUUUUGUGAUAGAUAUAUCGCAACAGAUCAACAUAAUCUUUUGAAGCUUAUGAGAGAAAACAUAAUCAGCAAUUGCCAUUUGAAUUCAAUUAACUUCAAUUCAAAGACAAUUGGCCACCAGAAGAACAACCAAAGCCACAACCAUGUAACAAUCGAGAGCAUUGAGUUCGACUGGGAAGAGCCCUUGGAUGGUAUCUAUGAAUUGAACGAGGUUAUGGCUCUUGAGCAGGAAACAAGCUACUCGAGCUUGAUCAUUGCGUGUGAUACCAUAUAUAACGAGUAUCUCAUGGAGCACUUCAUCAAUGCAAUGGCAGCCAUCCACAGGAACAACGAUGAGAGGAAAGUGGUGGAUGUUGGAGCAUUGGUUGCGAUGCAGUUGAGAGACAACUGCAUUGUUCAGAUGUUUCUCGAAAGAUUGUUGGAAGCCCAGUUCGACGUCUUCCACUUACCAGAGGAGCUCUUGAGUGAUGAGUUGCAGAAUGGGUUUUCAAUAUAU